CCAGGGGAUCUUCCCGACCCAGGGAUCGAACCCGGGUCUCCUGCAUUGCAGGCAGACACUUUAACCUCCGAGCCACUUGGAGAAUAUCUUGUAAAUUAAUGGAAAAUUUAGCAAAACAAUUCCUACAUUCAUUAAAAAAACUCAUGAUUUUUUGUCUUAUAAGUGUUUUUAUUUAAUAUUACAAUUUAGAAUUUUAUCUAAUUUCCAGUUGACAAUCAGCAGCAGUUUGAAAUACUUCAGCUUUUUAGUACCUUUUAAAGUUUUAACUAUAAAACUAAAACUUACAGUUUUAGUUAUGCUAAACUUGUAGUUUUUAACUACAAGGCUGAAUAGUAUUCCCCUGGAUGAAACACAUCCAGUGAUGAGCUAUAUCUGUUAUGGAUGAACCACAGUUUGUUUAUCCGUUUAUAAAUUGAUAGGCCUUUGGUUUGCUUCCAGCUUUUGACCUGCUACCAUCUGAUAGGCCUGUUGAAUGUAAAUAAUUUCACAGGACACCAACAUCAAACAAGGCUAGCUGUAAUCAUGAUCAAUCAGGACAAAAAUAAGACAACUUCAUAAUUAGGCCUGAAACCAGAUAUAAGUAAGAACUUUCUCUAAACCACAAAAGUGACAAGACACCCUCCUAUCUUGGCUGAUAGGAGGGCCUGUUGCCUCUUGACCAAUCCGGCUCAAGCUUUACUUCACUCCCUCCUCUUUAGAUCACGUUCACUGAAAUAUCCACUAAAAGGAAACUUUUCCCAGACAACAUCCAGCGUAGAUCAGAGCCUCCUUCCAUGACUCUCCCCAGCCUUACCCAACACAAGCCCAAACCCUUUUGUCCUAACUUCGUCAAGAUGAGCUUCUCUGGUGACUCACUGGUAAAGAAUCUGCCUGCAAUGCAGGAGAUGCAGGUUCGAUCCCUAUGCUGGAAAGAUCGCCUGGAGGAGGAAAUGGCAACCCACUCUAGUGUUCCUGCCCGGAAGUCGCAUGGAGAGAGGGGCCUGGCGGGCUACAAUCCAUGGGGUUGCAAGAGACACACUACUUAUGGACUAAGCCACCACCACCGAGGUCAUCAAUAUGUCGCCAAUAUGCCUGCAGCUCCUCACCGUGAGCUGCUCCCUCCUUGCGCUUGCUCAGCUGCAGGCACCUUGGAGCGCUUGAGAGUGCACCGUGUAAAUAGCCGGUUUAGACGGUGUUUGUGUGAACACCAUGAAGAUUGCUACUGAAGAUUUUUGUUAAGGUCCGUCUCAAUUGUUAGUGCAACACAGAAAACCUGAUGCCACCUCUCUGGAUCGUCCGGAACCGAUUGUUUUCCCAGCUGUAUUGUGGACUGAAGUCUCCAAUCUCCACACAAACCAAGAUUUGCCUAACAAUGGCUCGUCCAAGUUCAAAUAUGGCCGACUUCCGGAAGUGUUUUGCGAAAGCCAAGCACAUAGUCGUCAUUUCUGGGGCCGGCAUCAGCGCUGAGAGUGGGGUUCCGACGUUCAGAGGAGCGGGAGGUUACUGGAGGAAAUGGAAAGCCCAGGACCUGGCCACCCCGCAGGCCUUCGCCCGGAACCCGUCCCAGGUGUGGGAGUUCUACCACUACCGGCGGGAGGUGGUGCAGAGCAAGGAGCCCAACGCCGGGCACCUGGCCAUCGCCGAGUGCCAGGCCCGGCUGCACGGGCAGGGCCGACAGGUGGUGGUCAUCACCCAGAACAUCGACGAGUUGCACCGCAAGGCUGGCACCAAGAACCUUCUGGAAAUCCAUGGUAGCUUAUUUAAAACUCGAUGUACCUCUUGUGGAGUUGUGGCUGAGAACUAUAAGAGUCCAAUUUGUCCGGCUUUAUCAGGAAAAGGGGCUCCAGACCCCACAACUCAAGAUGCCGGAAUCCCAGUGGAGCAACUGCCCCGGUGUGAAGAGCCAGGAUGCGGGGGCCUGCUGCGACCUCACGUGGUGUGGUUUGGAGAAAACCUGGACCCUGCCAUCCUGGAGGAGGUCGACAAAGAGCUGGCCCUCUGUGACUUGUGUCUCGUGGUGGGGACUUCCUCCGUGGUCUACCCUGCCGCCAUGUUUGCCCCCCAGGUGUCAGCCCGCGGCGUGCCCGUGGCCGAAUUCAACAUGGAAACCACCCCGGCCACGAACAGAUUCAGGUUUCAUUUCCAGGGACCAUGUGGGACAACUCUUCCUGAAGCCCUCGCUCCUCAUGAAACUGAAACUGUUUCAUAGCCAUCCUGGGGAAGGAAGAAACCUAAGUACCAAGCCACCAGCAGGGGAGGCAGCCUUGUGGGUGGUGAGCCAAAUACUGGAAAGUCUGAAAAUAUCUUUUGAUUGCCGGGCUGGAAUCCAAACUGCUGAUGGUUGAUGGGGACUUGGAAGCAACAGUAGUAACUGUGUUUAGAAGGAGAAGUCACAGGACUUCUGAAGUCAGUUCCUGUUAUUUUAUUUGAUCCUAAACAUAAGUCUGAUGUGUUUGGUUGGUUACUGGGUAACUUUGUAAUUAGAUUGUCUAAAACAAAGUGAUUCUGCUGAUUGUGUUUUUGCUAUUUGGGCAGAGAUAGAAAUAGAGGGGUAAAACUCGGGUAUUUCUGAUUGUUGCCCAAGGUUUGGUGGAAAAUGAAAUCACUCUCUAUGCAGGUAACUUAUUGCAUAAAAAUGUUAGCCCAAGAGA